AGACAAAUUUGUUGCACACUAGCUUUAGAUCUUUCCAGAUAAUAACUUAAAAUGAGGCUAUUAAUUGCAGUUUGCUAUCUAAAAUUACUUCAUCUUUGUUUUACUUAACUGCAAACUGUUAUUUUGUUGGGUAUAUAAUAUGAUGGCUCUCUGCAAUAGACAUGAAUACCCAAAAUGGAAUUCAUUACAAGUAACAAAGGUUCUCGUAAGCUUCUGUAUGAAGGUUAUGCCUACACAAAGAAAAAUGAAAAUAAGUCCUCAAUGCGGUGGGAAUGCUCUCAGAGAAUUGGUCUGAACUGUAAAGGUGCACUGACUACUGAUUUACAUGUGUCUUCUGUCAAAUCUGAAACCGCGCACAGUCAUGCUCCUGACAAAUUUGCAAUGCAGGCACUUAAAGUCCGCAGUGAGAUAAAAGCAUCUGCUGAAGCUAACCGUGGUAAACCCGGACAGAUAGUAACAGAUAAAUUAUCGCUGCAGCCUACAGAGGUUAUUGCUGCCAGUUCCGUAAAGAGUUUGAAGCAAACUGUGAGACGCGCCAAGAGAGGAACAGCACCUAAGAACCCAUCAACAAUCAGAGAUGUUCCUGUUCCUUUCCCUAUUGAGUUUGCAAGUAAUGUCAUCUACGACAACGAGUCUCCAGACAACCGUAUCCUCAUCUUCGCCACUAAUGACUGUCUUCGCCUCCUAGAUAGUGCAUCCAGAUGGUUUAUGGAUGGCACCCACUCUACAGCGCCCUCUCAGUUCAAACAACUUUUUGUCAUCCGUGUACCUUUAGGUGAAUCCUGUGUCUCAGUUGUCUACGCACUCCUUCCGUCAAAGCAACAGCUGGUGUAUGAAGAAAUGCUGACUGCCCUACUAGAUGCCUGUCUGCAGCGAGGUAUCCGACCUAACCCAGAGCAAAUUAUGGCAGACUAUGAGAUAGCUAUACACAAUGCUGUGAGAACUGUAUUGGCCAGCAACAUUCAUAUCCAGGGAUGUUUUUACCAUCUAACCCAAGCUACUUGGAGAAGAGUGCAAGCAGAGGGUCUUCAGUCUGACUACAACAAUGAUGAUGAUGUGAAAUCCUUCUGCGGAAAGCUUGACGGUCUGACGUUUCUUCCAUGCAGCGAUGUGCAAGAAGGCUUGACGUUACUACGUGAACAGGCCCCAGAUCAUCUACAGUGUCUGGUUGAGUAUUUUGACUCCAACUAUGUAAAUGGAUCCUUUCGCGCAGUCAUCACUGCUAAUGGAAAUAUGAGGUUCCGACGCUCCUCUCCAAGAUUUCCUCCACCAAUUUGGAAUGUGCACAGUGCCACAAUGACUGACCAGGAUAGAACAAAUAACCAGUGUGAAUCUUGGAACAAUGGGUUUAAGCACCUUGUUGGACAUUCAAAUCCUUCACUUUGGACAGUUGUGCAAUGUGUUGAAAAGGAUGCAAAAAUGGUGGGAGCUGAAAUUCUGAGAUGUAAUCGUGGUGAACUUCUACAGAAACGAGUGAAGAAGGCCACUAAAGCUCACCAGCAGAGACUGAAAGUUUUGUGCUCACAGUACGCAAGUGGCAUUAAAUCCCUUGAAGACUUCUUGGGUGCUCUGGGACAGAUUAUCAGAAUAAAAUAA